UCAUAUAUGUAGGAGAAACCUUUGCUCGGAGUUUCCUGAGCGAAUGAUAUCAAGGAUCGAAAGAGUAAGAAACGUCACUAUAAGGGAGAGAUUCGAAAUAAAAAUACCAAAGAUAAUUGUAGCUUGGGAGGCAGAGGGUAGAAGAAGGAGAGGAAGAUCCCAGUUAGAUGGAAGGACAGAGUGGUGGAGAGUAUGGCAGGCAGGAUACUGUCGGAGGAGGAUGCGAUGGACCAGCAGAGAUGGAGAGACUUGCUGAAGAAGGAGUUUCUUUAAGGAAAACUUCAU